AUGGAUUCAAUAAACUUGUUCACUAUUGAUCGUACUAAUCAAAUACGCUCAACAGUGACAUUAAUCAGUAAUUCAAUCUUUCUUUCAACAAUUCCAACAUUUUGUGAUCCAUUCGAUUUAUUAUUUACUGAAGAUGAUAUUAUUGAUUUUUACAAAUCAAACGAAAUUAUUUCCAUACGAAAAGAAGAUCUACAACAACCAAGCAAAGAAUUUGUUAUUGAACUUUACAUGCUAAUUUUAGAAAAAUUUGACAAGUCUAUUAAUAUUUAUCAACCAGAUAUUUUGGCUUGUAUCAACGGUCUGAAUGAUCAUAUGGAACAAACAUAUUUGGCGAUUAAUGUCUUUCACUGCAUCAAUUAUUUUGUUUCAAGUAUUGGCAUGAAUGAUAUGAAAAUGAUUGACAUUUUAGAACCGAAACGUGAUCGAACGAUUCGUAUUCUUCAUUCAUUGGCUACUUUUUAUGUUCGAUAUAAUGAUUUGAAUGACUCUUGGUUUAAAUAUAAAGAAAAAUAUUCCAAUAUUUAUCGUGAACGCAAAGAAUUGGAAAAACGUAAUGCAAAUCUUAAACGUUCGAUUAAAGAUAAAUCAUCACCAUCUACAUCUUCAUCAGUGCCAUCAUCAUCCAAAUCUGCAUCAUCAUCUUCAUCAAAUAAUAAAUCGAAUGGAUCACAAAAACAAGAUGCAAAGUCAAUUAUGACAAAAAAUAUUGAUAAAUCCUCAAAUUUGUGGAUUCUCGAUUCAGGCUGUACCACACAUACCACAAUUAAUGAUAAAGAUCUUAUUGAUCCUGAAUUUAAGAAAAUUCAAUUUGAAACAGCUAGUGGUGAAACAGUUGAAUCUGAAAAAAUUGGUGAUGUCAUUAUUAAACCAAAAGCCAAUCAACAAUUGAUUCUUAAAAAUGUUGCCUUUGGUAAAUUUAACUCGAACUUGAUUUCCAUUCGACAAUUGCCUUUGGAUUAUUUCCAAUUUAUUUGACUCGAACAUCAAACGGAUGGUACCGAGACAAUUUUCAUAUGAAUUGUAUUGAGGAUCAUUAGGUAGAAUUUCACUUUCAAGAAAUUUACUAUAGCCACAGGAUCGAAAAGCAGAUUUAACCGUUGAUAGCCAUAUUUUGAUGUUCGAACCAUUGUAUUUGACAACUUGAUUCAAAGCAAAAUUUUCAUGAUUAUUUUUUACAAUAUUAUUACCAUUAUUAUUUGAACGACUAUUAGUCGAUUCAAUUGUCUCUAGUCUUGAAGUCAACUGCUCCAAUACCCGAACAAUAUUUUCCGUAAAUUUAUUAUCACCCAUGAUAGACCGUCGUUAACCACGAAGCUCAGCUACCAAAUGUUAAGGAUCAGGAGAUAAUAAUCACGUUUAAAAAUGGUUUUAUUUUUUAAUAAUCAAGAAAGAAAUUUUUAAUCAUAACACAAAAAAAUCAA